CUAGCAAUCUGUUAUAUGAUCAUUACAUGAUGAAUGAAAUACAAUUGCUUUCUUAAUUUUGCAGUGACAUUGAGGUAUGGAGGACGGCACCUUCGUCCGAGAUGAGGAGGGGGAAGAAGCGGUGCAGCGAUUGAUCUAUGAGAGUGCCCGUGGUCCGGAACCCGACGAUGGAGAUGACAACGAGUACGCCGACUUUCUGAAUGAUUUUGGCGAGGGACUUGAGUCUGAACAAGUUAGAAAAGACAAUGAAGUGUCCAUCACAAACUCCGGCGAGCCUUCUGGAUCAUCGAGCAAGUCUGUUAGAACAAAACGAGGCCCGACGCGGGUGCUAAAGGGCGAGGGCAGGUUAGCCCUCACGGCAUUCAAGGCUAAUGGUGAACCAGUGGAGCCCAAGGAGUUUUGCCGCAAAUUUACAAGUCAAUCCGGAGUUAUUGUUAGGGACCAUGUACCGAUCAGCAUUCAAGAGUGGCAUAAGCCGAAGAACCCGGAGAGUGGUGCUACUUAUGUCAACGACAGCAUGAAAAAAUUUCUUUGGGAAACGCUACUGACAAAGUUCAGCCUACCGGAAGACAUGACGGAAGGCCAGAAGGAUAAAGUCAAGGAAUGGACAUGGAAGAAGAUGGCCAUACAAUUCCAGAGCUUCAAGAAAAAUUUAUGGGACAAAUAUAAGAAUGAAGAUCCAGUAUUCGAUGAUAAUACCGAAAAUCUAGUGAAGAUAAAAGAUCACUGGGCCGCAUUUAAGGAGUAUAAGAAAUCGUCUAAGUUUGUGUCCCGAUCGAAGAAAAAUACCGAAAAUGCUGCAAAGAAGAAACUUCCGCAUCAUUUGGGGUCAGGUGGCUACAAGAGUGCCAUUCCGAAGUGGACAGCGUUUGAGAAUAAACUGAUGGAUCAUGGAAUCACUCCACAGACAUGGGACUGGCCCGAACGGUCCAAGUUCUGGUUGUUCGCUCAUGGGGCAGGGUUGGACCCAAAGACAGGGUUGAUCGUUGCGAAGGGAAAAUGGAAGGAAAAAAUUGAGGCAAUUGUACCGAAGCUUGUAGAUGCAAUUGAAAAGGUCAGAAAGGGAGAGUACAUUCCCGAUCGAGAGAAUGACGAGCUGACACUCGCUCUGGGGAACCCUGAACAUGUUGGACGGGUACGAGCUCGCCCAGGUCUCACCAUGAAGGAAGCGUGGCCGGACAGCGCUGACACUUAUAGAAGCCGUUCGCGAAAGAAGAAGAAGGACGCCGACAUUGUAACGGAGUUGUUAUCUAGGGUGGAGGCUCUUGAGAGAAAUCAGAGGGCACCUGAUCAGCCGCUGUUUCUACAGGAUCCACAAGCCGAUGCUGCCCCAUCUCAGCGAAGAAGCAGUGUCGGUUCCUCGCAUCUUGACGGAUGUGGAGGAAGCUACCCCGUGGAUUAUGUCACGGAGAAGACAGAUUGCGAGCUACAUAUGUUAAUCAGGACCGCGUCUGUUAAGGUGGCGGUCGGCUAUGUGUACCCAAGUGAAGAUGGAGCAAUGCACCAUCAUAUGCCCAUUCCACCUGGUUGUGUUCGUGUCGGGGUGGAUGAAGUUGUUUCGGGGUUUGAAAAAGUGGAGCUUGAUAUUCCUAGAGGUGAAGAUGAGAGGACACUGGGCGAUGUCAAGCACGGUUUCGCCCUAUGGCCGAAGAAGUACGUCGUCCUUUUGCAAAGGCCACCGACUCCUACACAUGAGCAGCAAAUGCCAUCGACUCCUCCCCGGUGGCAGUCCCGGUGA